AUGGAGGCCAGUCAUCUUCAACCAAUUAGGCCCAGCAAUGGCCUACCGGAUCAUUUCCCCGACACUGUUCAAGAGGCAGACCUUGCUGCACCUGCCGGGCCACGGACCAUUGCCCUCGGCCUCACCCGCGGCUAUGCAUCCGACUGGCAAGUCCCAGAUGCUCUGCGCGAGCUAUACCAAAACUGGUGUGAUGCCAUCCUACAGAUACAUCCCCAGAUUAGUCUAAUGGACUUCCAGCCGAAACACUCAAUCACCGGGGACCAGAGUGAGAUCACGUACGUUGUCAAUUGCCCUGCAAGCGGCUCCGUUGCCGCUGGUCAUUCGUCGGUGCUCGGCUACAUACGUUUCAAUGUGAUCCACGGGAGGAUCGAAUUUGCCACCCUGGGGACCACUCUACAUGAAGACUGCCUGGAACUCGGUCACAGUACCAAGAAAGGCAACGACAGUCGACUGGCUGGAGGCCACGGGGAGGGUCUCAAGCUCGCUGCCCUCGUCCUCAGCCGCCAGAAUCACUAUAUCAAGAUAUCCACCAACGGCUGCCACUGGACUUUUAACUUCAAUGGUCGCAACAAGACGAACUUUUACUGCCGCAUCGCUCCAUCAAAAGCGAAGCGCGAGACGCUGCCCGUUGAUGCUGGCGCAGAACCUCCGCGGCUGAGUACCAACAUCUGGAAUGAUGUCUGCGUGACGAUUGAAAGGGGGACCAAAGGACAGCGCUUGUCGUUCGCCGAUUUUCGCGCCUGGGUGGAUUGCACGGUGGACCUACAUCCAUCAUUGAAUCGGAUCCGAACGGCCAAGGGAGAUUUAUUGCUAAAUCCGGAGUAUCAGGAUCAUGUAUUCCUCAAAGGAAUCCGUGUCAGCCAACGGAGCCUCGACCCUCAACCCUUCCGCUGCGGCUAUGUUCUCGUUCACGGAAGCGUGGAUCGAGAUCGCCAGCGCCUGGUGAACCCAAUCCAGGCUCGGGAAUGCAUUCACUCCAUCUGGCAGGAAGCGAUUAACGAGGAUGAAGCUCAGGUUCUGCCUCGAUACCUCGAGCUUUUUCUCACUCAUCCGUUACCUGCAGAUGUGCAAGGAGCGAAACAUCAGGUGACAGACGUGACUGCCCGGAAGCUGUGGGGUCUCUUGCAGCGGGACGCACGAGGAGGAAACAUUUUCUACUGUCGCCAAUCUCGACUACAUGCGGAAUCGCUUCUCAUUCGCUCGGACCUGAACAAAGAGCCGCGUGCAUUGCCCGAUAUACUGUGGGAUAUUCUUCACAAGCAUGGCCUGCUCUGGGGUCCAGUGGAGGAGCUUCGCCACCGCCUGCAAUUUUCGGAAGCAGUAGAGGUGCCUCAGACGGCGGAGGCUCAAGGUGUAGCGCAGACGCUUCGCGGUCUACUUGCACUGCAUGCAAGCACGGCACGUACUCAGGUAGUCUUUGUUCGCAGCCAGGCGCAAGUGGUCGACGUGGCGUACCGUCUCGACAGCGAUCUCCUAUACAUUCACGAAAGAUGGCUUCAAACUCCAAGCGGAGAGGCCAGCGGCAAGUCUUUUACCGAUGAGGGCGCUUUGGUCGGGCUGCAAAACGCAGAAGAAGUUUACCAACGAGCCAUCACUAUCAUUCACAGCUCAAUUACCAAAGGUGCAUUCUUUCCGGACGCUGCUGUGCGCAAUAUGAUGCGGAAGGCUCACCAGAAGUUGCGCGAGAUGCCACGCUUGAUCCGGCUGCAGCAAACAGUCGACGGACCGACGGUAUUCUUCACUACAGGUCACGGCCUAGACUUUGUGGAGCUGUGUGGCACGCAAAUCCACUACUUAGUCACUCUGCACCGAGCUAAGUGUCCGAUUACGGGUGGACUUCUCUAUAAUCUCGGCCAAGAUACCUGUCAGUGCCCACGACAAGUAAUACCGUUGAGCACCCGAAAGGCAGUCUUUCCCGGCCUUGGCGGCGGGUCAUGGACGCCAGUAGUUUGCAAGGCGAAAGAUUUCGACGAACGUAACGCUGGCUCGGGGGGUCCAUCCUAUCUCCAGGGCGAGAAUGGGGCAUUGAUUGGAACC